AUGAUCUUGCUCCUCUUCCUGCUCGGUCUGGCUCUGGGUGCUCCUUCUGAGUCUCCUUCUGAUGACAAUGAAGUGAAGCUCCAACUUGAUGACCGAGCAGUGCAGCUGCAGCAUGGAAACUGUCCCCCGUUCUGGUGGAGCUUCAACGGCCGCUGCUAUACGUAUGUAGCUACACCGAUGAGCUGGUCUGAUGCAGAGUUCCACUGUUUGUCACAGGGAGCCAACCUGGUGUCCAUCCACAACAUGGAGGAAGAUAACUUUGUCAGAUCCCUGAUCAGGAACUUCGAUCCUGCUCAGAGACCCACCUGGAUUGGACUCAGUGAUGUUCACAGAGAGGGCAGAUGGAUGUGGUCGGAUGGCUCUGUGGUAGACUUUUUUAACUGGAAUGCAGGCGAGCCAAACAACUUGGCAGGAAAAGAGCACUGUGCUACAAACAACUUUAGCUCACAUAAGAAGUGGAAUGACUGCCCAUGUUCUCUCAGUUUUUCAUCUGUUUGUUUAAAACGCAAAGACUAA